GCUUUCAGGUUUUGUAAACACAAUCGGCGAUUUCAAACGAUUAAUUUCAGUAAAAAUCAAUUAAACUCAGCUAUAAAUAAAGUUCUUAGUUUAGCAAGUUUGAAGAUAAUUAUCUUCUUUGUAAGAAUAAAAUGGCCGAAGUUGAGGAAGACAAUAAACGACAUGAAAAUGGAUUAAAACGAAAAAUUGAAAUAAAAGAUGAAGAUGAUGAUUCGGAAACAGAAGUUCAGGCUCCAAAAAUAAAUAUUAAACAAUGUCCUUACCUCGAUACAAUAAAUCGAAAUGUUCUUGAUUUCGAUUUUGAGAAAUUGUGUUCUGUUUCUCUUACAAGAAUAAAUGUUUAUGCUUGUCUGGUUUGUGGUAAAUAUUUUCAAGGAAGAGGUUCAAACACUCACGCCUAUACGCAUUCAGUUGCUGAAUACCAUCAUGUGUUUCUUAAUCUGUCAAGUUUACGAUUCUACUGUCUCCCUGAUAAUUAUGAAAUUAUUGAUUCGUCGUUAGAUGACAUCAAAUACGUUUUGAAUCCAACAUUCACUGCAUCAGAUAUAAGAAUUCUAGAUGAUUCUGAGAAAACAAAAACGUCGAGGACUUUAGAAGGAACUCUUUAUCAUCCUGGAAUUGUUGGUCUCAACAACAUCAAAGCAAAUGACUAUUGCAACGUAAUUCUUCAAGCUCUUUCACAUGUUAAACCAAUCAGAAAUUUCUUCUUAAUGGAAUCAAACUAUGCGAAAAUUAAACGACCAGCUGGCGAUUCUCCCUUCACUCUUGUCCAACGAUUUGGUGAACUGAUGAGGAAACUUUGGAAUCCUCGCAAUUUCAAAGCUCACGUUUCACCUCAUGAGAUGCUUCAAGCUGUGGUGCUUUGGAGCAAUAAAAGAUUCCAGAUCAUAGAACAAGGCGAUCCUAUUGACUUUCUAACAUGGUUUCUACACGAACUUCAUCGACAAAUGCGAGGAAAUAAAAAUCCAAACUCAAGUGUCAUCAACAAAUCAUUUUUAGGUGAAAUGAAAGUUUAUACGAGAAAAAUUCCUCCAGCUGACUGCGAUGAUGUUCAAAAGGAUCUUCUUCUAGCUACUGAUGAAUACCAAGAGAAAGUCGAGACAACCAACUUUCUUUAUCUUAAUUGCGAUCUCCCACCACCCCCGCUUUUCAUUGAUGAGUUCAGAGAAAAUAUUAUUCCUCAAGUUAAUCUUUAUCAACUUUUAUCAAAGUUUAAUGGCGUCAGCGAGAAAGAAUAUAAAUCGUACAAAGAUAACUUCAUGAAGAGAUUUGAGAUCACAAAAUUACCAAAAUUUGUCAUUCUUUACAUCAAAAGAUUCACAAAAAAUACUUUUUUCGUUGAUAAGAAUCCAACAAUUGUCAACUUUCCUGUCAAAAAUGUGGACUUUGGUGAUAUUUUGACAGCAAAAAACAAAGAAGUUAACAAGCAAACACAUUACAAUUUGAUUGCAAAUAUUGUUCAUGAUGGUGAGCCAGGUAAAGGCACUUAUCGAGCUCAUAUUCUUCAUAAAGCUACAAAUCAGUGGUACGAGAUGCAGGAUUUACAUGUUACAUCAAUUUUACCACAAAUGAUUACACUCACUGAAGCUUACAUUCAAAUCUAUGAACAACAACAGUGAAAAUAUGACUUUUGUUAAUUUCAACUCGAAGCUCAUUAAUAAAACAGAAAAACUAAAUUUAAUUUUCUUCUUUUUCACAAAUGAAUUGACAAAAUAUGGCAAACCAUCAAUAAAUCAUAUUUAUCUAUAGAAGGUAAAUGGAAAUCUUUACAAUCCAAA